GGAUAGUAACGAUUCUUCAUUCGAACCAAAAACACAUCCAACGAACACGAUGACAACGAACCGAUCCACCAGACUUCUGGUGUUGCUAGUGUUGACCGCCCUGGUGGCCAGCCAUCAGGCGCAUGCCGCCGCCGUGGGACUCAAGUGCGGUGGCAAGAGCGCCGUCUGCGUGGGACCACUCUCCUAUCAGCAGUGCGUUGAUGACCUGACCUCCGGUCCGGUGGUGCCAUGCGCAUUGAACACCCGCUGUGUCACCGAUGGCCUCGAGAUCUGUGUGCCGGUCAAGUCGGCCGCUGAGGCGCCCACGGCGGCUGUCGCCAAGAUGGUGACCAUCACCGACAGUCCCGUUGUGAGCGAGUCGGCUCCACUUGUGGAUUCCACCACCAGCGGUUCCGGCGUAGAGAUCUCCACCGAGGGUGCACCAGCCAGCGCUGUUCCAACUAAGCCAUCUGCUCCGGUUGAGACCACUCAGGCACCGGUAGAGACCACUCAGGCUCCGGUUGAGACCACCCAGAUUCCGGUUGAGACCACCCAGAUUCCGGUUGAGACCACGCAGAUUCCGAUUGAGACCACCCAGAUUCCGGUUGAGACUACUCUGGCUCCGCUUGAAACCACCCAAGCUCCCGGCGAGACAACUACAGCAGCCAUUGAAGAGACUACCACUGGGUCGGAAGCACCACUGGAGCCGGAAUCGACGGUGCCCAGCGAUACCACUCCCGUGGACUCCACAUUGGCACCCGGAUCGGAAGGCACUUACCCAACCAUUGAACCCAACACACCAGGAGAAGAUCCCAACGCUCCUGCGGGAACUACUCUUGCUCCUGGCGAAGUCGAUCCCAACAGCCCCAUCGACCCCAAUUCCCCUCUGGACCCGAACGCACCAGAAGAAUCUACUAACGAACCCAGCGCAGCUCCUGGCACCCCGGCUGAUGUAACUACUGCCGCUCCUGGUGCUCCAGCUGAUGGAUCAUCUGCCGCUCCUGGUUCUCCAGCUGAAGGAUCUUCCGCUGCUCCUGGCUCUCCUGCUGAUGUCACCACUGCCGCUCCUGGCACCCCAGCCGAUGGAUCUUCUGCUGCUCCUGGCUCUCCUGCUGAUGUCACUACUGCCGCUCCUGGCACCCCAGCCGAUGGAUCUUCUGCCGCUCCUGGCGCUCCAGCUGAUGGAUCAUCUGCCGCUCCUGGUUCUCCAGCUGAAGGAUCUUCCGCUGCUCCUGGCUCUCCUGCUGAUGUCACCACUGCCGCUCCUGGAGCUCCAGCUGAUGUCACCACUGCCGCUCCUGGAGCUCCAGCUGAUGGAUCAUCUGCCGCUCCUGGUUCUCCAGCUGAAGGAUCUUCCGCUGCUCCUGGCUCUCCUGCUGAUGUCACCACUGCCGCUCCUGGUUCUCCAGCCGAUGGAUCUUCUGCCGCUCCUGGUUCUCCAGCUGAUGUCACUACUGCCGCUCCUGGUGCUCCAGCUGAUGGAUCAUCUGCCGCUCCUGGUUCUCCAGCUGAAGGAUCUUCCGCUGCUCCUGGCUCUCCUGCUGAUGUCACCACUGCCGCUCCUGGAGCUCCAGCUGAUGUCACCACUGCCGCUCCUGGUGCUCCAGCCGAUGGAUCUUCUGCCGCUCCUGGUUCUCCAGCUGAAGGAUCUUCCGCUGCUCCUGGCUCUCCUGCUGAUGUCACCACUGCCGCUCCUGGUGCUCCAGCCGAUGGAUCAUCUGCUGCUCCUGGCUCUCCUGCUGAUGUCACUACUGCCGCUCCUGGAGCUCCAGCUGAUGGAUCAUCUGCCGCUCCUGGUUCUCCAGCUGAAGGAUCUUCCGCUGCUCCUGGCUCUCCUGCUGAUGUCACCACUGCCGCUCCUGGCGCUCCAGCUGAUGGAUCAUCUGCCGCUCCUGGUUCUCCAGCCGAUGGAUCUUCUGCCGCUCCUGGUUCUCCAGCUGAUGUCACUACUGCCGCUCCUGGAGCUCCAUCUGAUGGAUCAUCUGCCGCUCCUGGUUCUCCAGCUGAAGGAUCUUCCGCUGCUCCUGGCUCUCCUGCUGAUGUCACCACUGCCGCUCCUGGCGCUCCAGCUGAUGGAUCAUCUGCCGCUCCUGGUUCUCCAGCCGAUGGAUCUUCUGCCGCUCCUGGUUCUCCAGCCGAUGUUACUACUGCCGCUCCUGGUGCUCCAGCCGAUGGCUCUUCUGCCGCUCCUGGUUCUCCAGCUGAAGGAUCUUCCGCUGCUCCUGGCUCUCCUGCUGAUGUCACCACUGCCGCUCCUGGCGCUCCAGCUGAUGGAUCAUCUGCCGCUCCUGGUUCUCCAGCCGAUGGAUCUUCUGCCGCUCCUGGUUCUCCAGCUGAUGUCACUACUGCCGCUCCUGGUGCUCCAGCCGAUGGAUCUUCUGCCGCUCCUGGUUCUCCAGCCGAUGGAUCUUCUGCCGCUCCUGGUUCUCCAGCCGAUGUUACUACUGCCGCUCCUGGUGCUCCAGCCGAUGGCUCUUCUGCCGCUCCUGGUUCUCCAGCUGAAGGAUCUUCCGCUGCUCCUGGCUCUCCUGCUGAUGUCACCACUGCCGCUCCUGGCACCCCAGCCGAUGGAUCUUCUGCCGCUCCUGGUUCUCCAGCUGAAGGAUCUUCUGCUGCUCCUGGUUCUCCUGCUGAUGUCACUACAGCCGCUCCUGGAGCUCCAGCCGAUGGAUCAUCUGCCGCUCCCGGUUCUCCAGCUGAAGGAUCUUCCGCUGCUCCUGGCUCUCCUGCUGAUGUCACUACUGCCGCUCCUGGCGCUCCAGCUGAUGGAUCAUCUGCCGCUCCUGGUUCUCCAGCUGAAGGAUCUUCCGCUGCUCCUGGCUCUCCUGCUGAUGUCACCACUGCCGCUCCUGGCGCUCCAGCUGAUGGAUCAUCUGCCGCUCCUGGCGCUCCAGCUGAUGGAUCAUCUGCCGCUCCUGGCGCUCCAGCUGAUGGAUCAUCUGCCGCUCCUGGCGCUCCAGCUGAUGGAUCAUCUGCCGCUCCUGGUUCUCCAGCCGAUGGAUCUUCUGCCGCUCCUGGUUCUCCAGCUGAAGGAUCUUCCGCUGCUCCUGGCUCUCCUGCUGAUGUCACCACUGCCGCUCCUGGCGCUCCAGCUGAUGGAUCAUCUGCCGCUCCUGGUUCUCCAGCCGAUGGAUCUACUGCCGCUCCUGGUUCUCCAGCUGAAGGAUCUUCCGCUGCUCCUGGCUCUCCUGCUGAUAUCUCUACUGCCGCUCCUGGCGCUCCAGCUGAUGUCACCACGGCUGCUCCUGGUGCUCCUGCUGAAGGAUCCUCUCCCGCUGGAGGAGCCCCUGCUGGUUCCGAUGUCCCCGCUGGUGGAGCCCCUGCUGAUUCCAAUGCCCCUGCUGGUGGAGCCCCUGCUGAUUCCAAUGUCCCCGCUGGAGGAGCCCCUGCUGGUUCCGAUGUCCCCGCUGGUGGAGCCCCUGCUGAUUCCAAUGCCCCCGCUGGAGGAGCCCCUGCUGGUUCCGAUGUCCCCGCUGGUGGAGCCCCUGCUGAUUCCAAUGCCCCUGCUGGUGGAGCCCCUGCUGAUUCCAAUGUCCCCGCUGGAGGAGCCCCUGCUGGUUCCGAUGUCCCCGCUGGUGGAGCCCCUGCUGUUUCCAAUGUCCCUGCUGGAGGAUCCCCUGCUGAUUCCAAUGUCCCCGCUGGUGGAGCCCCUGCUGGUUCCAAUGUCCCUGCUGGAGGAGCCCCUGCUGGUUCCAAAAUCCCCGCUGGAGGAGCCCCUGCUGAUUCCAAUGCUCCCGCUGGUAGCUCCCCUGGAUCAUCUUCUCCGGUACCAAAUCCGCCAGCUAGCUCACUUGUACCAUCGAUUCCUGUACUUCCUGGCGGAUCUGGCUCUUGGCCUUGGCAUCCUCGACCGAACAUUCCAAUCUUGCCACCAACCUGGAGGCCUCUGCUGCCUGGACAAAAUGGCUCAGGUGCUCCUGGCAGUGGGCUAAUCAGUGGCAGCGUCAACCCGCCCCAACGCCCCCAUCCCUUCUGGCCCAACUGGCAAAACUGGGUGAACAGCUGGCGACCAACAAAGCCAGUUCCUAGCACCGAGGCUCCUGUCCAACCGCAGAAUCCUCAGCAGCCGCAGCAACCCCAAAACCCACAGCAGCCCCAGCAACCGCAGAAUCCUCAACAGCCUGGAAACAACAAUCCUGAGACCGCCGAAAGCGUAGAGCAAGCUGCUCCAGUACCACCAGCCAAUGGACCAGCGUCCAACGAGAAUGCCUCCGUCGAGGAGAGCAACAAAGCUUCCAGCGAGAAGUCGAAGGACAAGCCAAAGUCCGGUGAGGAUCAGUCCAAGGAGCAGGAACAGAAGAAGCCCAGCUCUGAGGAGAAAGAGAAGGACAGCAAGGAGAAGAACGACAAAGAGAAGAACGACAAGGAGAAGAACGACAAGGACAGCAAGGAGAAAAAGGACAACGAUAGCAAGGACAAGAAGGACAAGUCCAAGGAGGAGAAGGACAACGAGUCCCAGAAGGACAACGAAGGCGACGACGAGCCGAGCUCCAAGGAGAAGAAGCAAUACGUGAAGGACCUGAUCAAGAAGCUAAAGAAGGGUGAAGAGUGCGACGAGGACGACGUCUAUCCGGAUGUCCGGGAUUGCCGCAAAUACUACCGCUGCGAGGUCAAGAAGUCCGGCAAGCACAAGUUCGCCCACCUGCGCUGCGACAAGAAGGAGCGAUUCGACUGGCUUACCCAGUCCUGUGUGCCCAAGGACGAGGCCCGCUGUCUGGAGAAAUAGAACUGGCGCUCCAUAUUCGUUUGAUAUGCCGCUUCGCAAUGAUAACGCCACAAUCAACUGCACUUUAAUAUUGGCAAUGAUAUUCUAACUCCAUUUCCUUGGUCCUACCUAAUUUAUUGCACUUAAACUUAAAUAUCUAACAUUUUUUUUGUUUUCCCUAUUAAAUCUUGAACUUUAUGAAAAUCUGGCAAA